CUUCAGAGCAAGGACGACUCUUACCAAGGGACUGCAGCCCUGCCAGUAAAGGCUCACUGGUUAAGUAAUGCUGACGUCCCGAUCUGGAUCCCGGAUCGCCUUAUCCGGCCAGCUCUUGGGACAGCGCCGCGGGAAGCGACGCUGGAAGAAGAACAAGAAGCAGACAGUCAACAAGCUGAAGAAGCUGAAGAUAACAUCAGCCGAGAAGGAAAUCACGUGGACAAAGAUCAAGAACCUCAUUCGCGCAGCGAAGGCGUUGCUACAUGAACAAGGGAGACCCCUUUCUGCCCCCUAUUAUUUUUUGGCCUUUUUAGCCUUAGUCUCGGCACCGAUGGGGGAAGUGGAGGGGAUUUCCUAUUGGGCCUAUGUACCAAAUCCUCCAAUUAUUCAGCCAGUGGGAUGGUUAGACAGAGAGCCUAUUAAAGUGCUAACUAAUGAUUCUGUAAGAAUGGGAGGAGCUCAAGGUUCUGAUGAAAGAUAUUCCACCUCUUCAUUAAUAACCUUUGAGGGAAGAGCAGAUUCUCUGCCCAUUUGCUUGUCACUUAAGGGGGAACCACCAUCGGGCUGUCUUCCCACCUCAUACAGAACUUUUCUAGCAGAUGGACCAGAUAAGACGAGCUCAAUAGAAAGUGGAAUAUCUGGUGGUAAGAAACGGGAACAGAAGCGAUGGAUGUGGGAAAGGCAACUGCAGGUAGUAGGGCAAGCACUUUAUAAUGAUAAUUGUACAGUCAUUCCUGCUGUGUCUAUGCCCACAACACCAUGUGAGCUUAAAUUUCCUACUUCCAAAUCAGAUGAAUUGUGGGAUUCUUCUUUGACAAAAAAUCCAACAUGGCUGUCAUGUGGUUUUCAUAAUUCGGCUACAUUUUAUGAUCCUGAUAAUUUAGGACUAAGAAUUUGGGAUUUUUCUAAUAAUAUAUGUAAACGCAGCUGGAAUCUGGAACAUUACAUUAAUGCUGUGGAUAGAUUUCAUGGAUAUCGAUAUGAAAGACAUGGGGAACCUUUAAGGCGAUGGUUUUCUCCAGGAUAUGUGGAACCUAUUUUAUAUGCCAGAAAAGGGAAUAAAAUUAGGAAGCAUUUAGAUUUGUUUAGACUGUCUGCGGCUGCUAAUAUGAUUCUUGAGAAGCGUCCAAAUCAGACAAAAUCAGAACCUAUCAGUGUCAAAGCUUGUGUUGCUUAUCCAAAUGCUCUUUUGUUGGUUCCUCCUACUGGUUCUUUAAAUAUUAGUGCAGAACGGCAAUCAUAUAGAUUAUUAUGUUAUCAAUGCGUGUUGACAAAUUGUAUAGGGUCCACAGUGCAGAAAAAGUAUUAUGCUAUGCUAAUAGUGCGCUGA